CAACACGCUCACCCCUAGAAAAAAGUCUACAAACGAUGUGUGUACAACUAAAAUGUGCACAAAAAAUGUGUACAUUCUUCGUCAAUCUUCUCCCUGAUUUCCUUUGUAAGCACAUACUCAGUAUUUGUUCAAGGAAAUCAAAAGUAGAGUACAUAAUAGAAAACCUUUGGCGUCCGUCCUCUCCAAGCUACAACCUUCUUGUCAAUUUGUUUGGAAAUUGAAAGCAUCUGUUGAAAUAGAAGGAAACCCUUCUCUGUCGUCAUCUUCUUCAUCUACAUCCACGGGCGUCGAUUGGGAAAUGGAGGCUCCAACGGGCGGGGUGCAAUCGAUCGGUUCUGUUUGAUUUGGACCGGUUCUUGACUGAUUCCGCCGGAUUUUGACCAGUUCUACCGGUUUUUACCCUUUCCGCAUCGAUAACUUGCCCGGGUCAGCGGUUUCCGAGUCAACCCGGCAGGCCCGGUCUGAUUUCCUAAUCUUAAACUAUCUCAAAAAUAUCCGAGUCCAGAUUUCAGAUAAGAUAGUUUCCAUUUUCUAAGCGACCAAAUUGGUCGUAGGAACUAGGAAGGCAGACAGUUCAAAGAUGUUAUCCGGCGAUUCUUGCAUAUUUGGUUCCUAGAAAAAUUCCCAGAAUUUUACGUUACCAGAUGGCCGUUGUGAUACCGUCGUCAAGAAUAUUGUCACCCCCCCUUGACCGGCGCCCGGUGGGGGUGUUUUCUGAUUCAAACAGCAGAACUGUGCAGAAGGUGGAAAUUUCUCAAUCUAAUGCGUCGUGUAGAAAGGAAAAAACCAGGAUUAGGGUUUUACCGAGAGUCAAGGAUUUGGAGGAGGCUGUGAAAGGCUCGAGUUUGGGGGAUAACAUGAGGUUGUUCGAGCAGUUCUCAGCUCAGCCGGCGAAGCCCAGUGCGAUUUCGUCUUCAACUAAGAUUAGCAAAGAGGAGGAGCAGAAGCGGGAUUACUAUCUCAACACAGGCUAUGCUAUCCGGACUCUCAGAGAGGAGUAUCCAACACUGUUCCAGAAGGAUCUUACAUAUGAUAUCUACAGGGAUGAUAUUACAUACAAAGAUCCAUUGAACACCUUUGUCGGCAUUGAGAAUUAUAAAUCAAUCUUUUGGGCGUUACGAUUCCAUGGUAGAAUAUUUUUCAGGGAAUUGUGGGUUGACAUAGUUAGUGUGUGGCAACCUGCAGAGAGCAUGAUAAUAGUGCGUUGGACGGUCCAUGGCAUCCCGCGUGUCCCUUGGGAGUGCCAUGGACGGUUUGAUGGCACUUCAGAAUAUAAACUUGAUAAGGAGGGGAAGAUAUAUGAGCACAGGGUCCACAAUAUUGCUUUAAAUGCACCUCCAAAGUUUCGUGUUCAAACUGUUCAGGAUAUAAUAGAAUACAUUGGGUGCGGAUCAACACCUAAGCCUACUUUUUUUGAGUUCUCAUCCUCAUUCAAGAACUUCGUGGCACUAUUAGUGAAUUCAUGUGGAUCCAAGCUUCACUUGUCUUCGGUUUUAUCUUCUGUCGGAAAGGAGGAGGAUGAGGAAUCAUCUAAGAAAAGUUCGUCAUGAAAUGAGUUGUUGCUAGGGGUGAGAUGCACUCAUGCACUACAAUUACCCUUACUCUAGAUAUGCAUCCAUAAAAGGGAAACAGUUGUAUGUUUCUUACUCCAAGUUAACUGGCAGGGAUUUGUAAAAUUUUUGUAUAGUGGCUUGCUGUACAUGAUUUAAUCUUCUAUGCGUUGCCUGGCUACAUUAAUCUGGUAAUGUAAUAUUUAUUGAGGUGUAAUAUGCGUCAGCUGUACAUCUUAUUGGCAUUAUUGGUUUCAUCUUCAC